CGCCCAAACCCCAGGGUUGGUGUCUCAGCUCUUAUCCAAAAUGAGAAAGGCGAGUUCCUCGUUGGCGAGAGAAUGGGUAGCCACGGUGCAGGCACCGUGCAGACUCCAGGCGGUCACAUAGACUUUGGUGAAGAACAACUCUACAAGGUUGCGGAGCGAGAAGUAAUGGAAGAGACCGGUCUGGAGGUCACGGCCGAAAGAAUCCUCACCAUAACCAACGAUGUAUUUAACGACGAGGCCAAACACUACAUCACGACCUGGAUCAUCUGCACCAUGAAGAAUCCUGAUGCCAAGCCAAAGCGCAUGGAACCUAAAAAAUGCAUGUGGUGGGCAUGGAAGUCGUCCAAGGAGCUGGCGGAGAUG